UUCUUUUUAGGGCUCUUAGUCCAGAGAGAGGAGAGCGCUUGCGAAGGAGAAUUCUUGUCAAGGAUUUGGCUCCAAGAUCUAGAGACCGGGAAAAUCCUUUCUUUUCCGCUGAGAGAUACCAUGACGCUCGAUUUCCAACACAAGCUACAUAAGCUCCACGGCGGGGGUAACUCUCGCCGCCCUGGACGGGGGAGCAUGGCGGUGUGCCUCAGGAAGUUCCUGCGCUUCCUCAAUUACUUCGUCAUGAUCGGCGCCAUCGUCUCCGUCGCGGCGAUCGUCGCCAUCCGGCUGAGUCCAACGUGGGCGGGCUGGGGAUUCAUCCUCGUCGCCGCGCUCACCUUCCUCUCGGGGCUCUUGGGCUGCUUCCCCUUCGACAGCUGCUUCUCAUACCACUUCCUGGCGCUGGGCCUCUCCAUGGGCGGCCUUGGAUCCGGCUCCCUGGCGCUUUUCAUCAAGCAGGAGCUAGUCGAGCAGCACCUCAAGUCCAAGCGGAGCGUCGAUAACACGAGAAUUCUCAUGCGGGUCGACGCCAUCCUCUUCAUGAUCAUGCUGUGCGUCCAGAUGAUGGUCCUGGUGCUGGCCUUCAUCGUCCACCACUGCAGCUACGAGAACUUCUACGAGGAUCUCGAGUCCAAGAACGCGCACAGGGCCCAGGAGCUGGCCAAGGUCCAGGAGGAGGCCGAGGCUCGCUCUGCCAAGGCCAACGACAGCCAUGCCGCGGAGCUCAACCGGAAGAUGCGAGAGAAGUAUGGCAAGUGGACGCAGGACGGAGAUUUCAGCGACCGAAAUGCCACACCACCGGAGGCUGACAAAGUCUAGUGUCAAGAAGGUGACGAAGUCUCAUCCCUGGUGUGCUCGCUCACUCUAGAAUCUCCCUACAAGCUGAAUGAAACGCUAGUUUCGUCACGAAAACAAUCCUAGCUACAGAAGUACGUACGAAUAGUGGAUCUUCGUAAUAAACUUUCAGGAGCUCUUGGAACUUCUACGA